ACACACUUGCGGAAUGUGUGUACAACAAGGCGUUUCAUCCCUGGUGCAAGAGCGCAGCGGCAACGACAAUUGAAGACCGAAGCAUCAACGUCAAGCAGCAAAUCUACGACAUAUGUACAUCUACAUAUCUACAAUUCAAACGACAACGAAGUGUUAGAACAACAACGAAGAGAAAAGGCAACGCCAACGAUAACAACGAGCAAACUUCAUGCAACGAAGAAGCGGAUAGGUACAACGAAAAUCAUCAAAUAUCAGCGUAGAUUGAGAUGAACGAGUAUAAACGAAGUAGCUAAAACGAAAAUCAGCGAGUUUUGAGUUGCAAAAUCAAAACAAAACGAAAAACGUUAAACGAUUGAACGAAAAGUAAACAAAGAGUUGUGGCAGCAUAUUGAAAACGAAAUUGUGGUGAAUCUACAAUAAACAAAAGUUUACGAUGCCUAAAGUAAGCGAAUUAAAAAUUGAUCAAAUAAAAGUUAUACUACGCGAAAAAGGCUUAACUACGUCCGGUACGAGAGCAGAACUAGAACUACGUUUAAUACAAGAAAUUGGUACUGAUGAAAUUGAAGCUCCAACGGUUAUGAAUUCUGGGUGGCAGGAGCAAAUUGAUGACCUGCGGGGUAUGAUGGAAACUAUUCUCAACAUGGUCAAGCAGAACGGGCAGCAAACAAACGACGCAGGUGUAGUGCAGGCGAAUACAAAUAAUCAACGUUCAAACGAAAAUGCUAGUCAAGCAACGCAGUCAAUUUCUACAAGCGCAUAUAUGGGUGGUUUUCGGUCGAUUAAAGAAAUUGCAGACAUGAUUCCGGAAUUUGAUCCGACCAAUAAGCAGUCGCUAACAGUGCAGCAGUUUGUUGAUCGUGUUGGUAGUGUUAUGAAUGCUUAUCAGCUCGACGAAAAAUGUGUCUUAGUAGCAGUUUAUGGUCGAUUAAAAGGCGUAGCUCGUAUCUGGUUAGAUGCACAGCCCAAUGUGCACACCAGCUGGAAUAAUUUCGCUGAAGAAUUGAAACAUGAAUUUUGUGUAUCGUACGACGAAGCACAAGUGCAUCGUAUUAUGAGCGAAUCUGUACGCAAAACAGGUGAACGUAUAUCUGACUACUGUUUUAGGGUUUAUGCUCUAGGCAAGCGGUUCCAGCUGAGUGAAUCUGCUAUCAUUCAAUAUACGCGACAGGGGUUGAAUCAUCGUGAUUUACAGAUUGCUAUAGCAGCGCAAAGAUUCGAAAGUGCUAAGCAAAUGCGCGAAAUAAUUGAAGAGUGGUUAACGAAUCGUGUCAAUAGCAUCGGUGCUAGUGGUGAAAGCAAAAAUAUUGUGUGCUACAACUGUGGCGAGGUGGGCCACAUAUCAAGUAAAUGUACAAAAGAGCAGAAGCGGUCAAGAUGUGCUGAUUGUGGUAAAGUGCAUAAACGAGAGGAUCCGGUCAAUUGUGGUCGUAAGCAGGCUACGCAUAAUGCACGAAAAGCUGAAGUGACGCAAAAUGAGAAAUGUUUUGUUAAGAAAAUUAACGUCAAUGGCAAAAUGUUUGAAGCGUUAAUCGAUACUGGUAGUGAGUGCAGUUUAGUUCGAAAAUCAACGGCUGAUAUGUUGAAAGUCGAACGUGAAGAGUGUUUUACACAUUUGAAUGGAAUAAGCGGAGGCAGGUACACGAUGCUAGAGAGGUGUAUGUGUGACAUCGUAAUUGGUGAAGCGAAGGUCAGCACGCUGGUAUAUAUUGUUGCUGAUAGCAUGCUGCAAACUGAGUUUCUACUGGGUCAAGACAUGCUAGCGCGUAAAGGUUUGUUGUUUAUGGUGGAGAAUGGUGAAUCAAAGCUAGAAGCUGAAUGUCGUUAUGGUGUUGCGUUACCUAAUGACGAAUGUUUUACGAAAUUAACGAAUAAUGUAAGUAAUGAAGAUCAACGGUUAAAACUGCAAGCGUUACUGAAAAAUUACAACGAUAUGUUCUCGGACGGAUUAAAAGGCAUUGGUUAUUACCCAAGCGCCUUAUCGAGUUCCGGCUCCAAAGCGAAUGGUAAUAACGCAAAUGAUUAA